UUGCGCGAUGUUAUUCAGUUAUGUUAAAAGUGACGUAUUCGCAGAAAUUGACUCACAAUAAUAUCAGUUUCUUUUCAUCUUGGUUCUAGGAGCAAAAUUGGCUCCGGUAAUGGUAUAAAUUGUCGUUAUAAUUGUAUUAAUACAUUAUAUAACAAAAACAAUAAUAAACCGGUGCAAAUGAUGUCCAGUAUAUCAAAGAGACGGAGGGAAGGUUCGCGGUCCAAGAUCAAGAGCAUGGGUGACCAUAAAGAGUUUCUGAGAAGAAUUACCAAGACAUUGUACUAUGGACAGCUGCCGACUUUGCCAUGCCUGAGCCUACCUGUUACUGAAAUUUCGUGCGCGGCGUGGUCGUCGGCGCAGCGCGGGCGAUCGUUGCGGCGCCUGCGCGCGGACGCGGCGGCGGGCAUCGCGCGCUCGGCGUGCGUGUCGCCGUGCGCGCUGGUGCUGGCGCUGCUGUACCUCGAGCGGCUCAACAGCUGCAACCCUGACUACAUCGCCGCUGCCGAACCCGCGGACCUCUUCCUCGUCUCUUUGAUGGUUGGGAACAAAUUCUUGCAAGAUGACGGCGAAGACGACGACGUGUUCUGCUCUGAGUGGGCUGCGUCCGGCGGGAUCGAACUCAAACAGCUCAAAAAACUCGAAGUGGAAUUUCUUAAUGCUAUAGACUGGAAUGUAUUUGUGAGUGAUAAAUCGUUUGAAGCGGGGCUGGAGUGGCUGGAGCGGCAGGUGGCGUUACGGCAAGCGCGCCUGCGCGGUUUCUUUACGUAUUCGGACCUAGCGGCCGCGAGCGACGCCGCGGGACUCGCAGACCUGGCCGCCGCCGUGUCCCGCACUUGGCUCGCGCUCACCGCCGGCUACCUCGUCAGCGUCGUCGCCUUCCUCACCUCCACGCUGCUCAUGUCACACGCCUGGCUGCCCGCCUUGCAACUCGUCACCUCCAGAACAACCACUGCCCUCCAAACACAUGUCCUAACCCAAGAUCACCAGCCCAAGCUGUUUGUGAACACUACCAUAGACCCUGCCACAGAACAACUCCUUGAGGACACGUUGGCGAUUAGUGCUAUCAAAUGCUGCUCCAAGUGGACACAGUACCAGGAAGCUACAACCACCAAGCGCAGUUGGAACGACGCGGUAAUUGUGCAAGAGUGGAAACUGGAGCCGUGGUGGUCACGAACAUCGGUGCUCAAUUGGCUAUAUCAGAGCUCGCUCAUCAACCCCAUGCAACGGUGGCUGGACAAACUGAACCAGUACGCGGACCUGUUCCGGGGUGAGGUGAUGAAGAACUCGUCAGGAGAGCAGGUGUGCGGAGUACGGGGCCGCUGCCACUGGCCGCAGCUCGGCCGGCUCAGCGUGCUCGCCGCCGUGUCCGACCGGUAGGCACGCACCACCUGCUGAUAACUGCACAUUGGAGAAGUGAAGCAAAUGCCUGGACCUUGUAAAACAAUAACAAAUACUUAAAUUCGCACCUCAGCUGCGAACUAAACAGGAUAACUUCGUUUUGGUAAUGUACUUCUCACAUGCGUACUUUGCAGUCUUAGGAAAGAAUUUGUAUGCUAAUAUGACACCAUCAGGCAUGUCAAUCACAAAAAAAAUAUGUUAUCGGCAGAAACAUCCAAGAUAAAUGUCUACAUAUUUUGCCAUUGUUAACAGAAACUCAUUGGAUUAUACUUGUUAAAUAUUUUUAAACCCCUCUUCUUCAUGGAAAUGAAUUUUAAACAUAGGCUUUUAUGACCAAUUUCUUACAACUAUUAAUGUGAUGUCUGAACAAAUGUGUAUGUGGAAUUGCUUUUGAAUACAUAUCAGUAUUCCAUAAUGACAAAUAGGAAGUAUUUAUUGCAAGAAUAUGUAUUAUUUAAAACUUCCUGCGCAUUUCUUUGGCAAAACUAGCAUGUAUAUCGUAUAAACAUGCUGACACAUGCAUAUAUGACACGACAGUCUAAUGUCAUGGCACUUAUUCGUCAUUCACACCUGUGUGGCGUACACGGAGGUAUAUAAAUAUUUUUAACAAUAUCACGGUUAGUUGCCGAGCUAUGCUCCGUCGCCUACGCAUCAAGAUCUUAGACUGAAGGAAGAGAUAAUGUAUGAAAACUUUUGUUUUGAGUUGAUACUCUUUUUGUACUUACUGUGGCUGUCCAUAUAGGUAUAAUUAUUGUAAUAAUUUAUUAUCACUUAUCAGUGCGGUUGCGGUGACGAUCACCGCGAUAUCUUCCUGCUGUUAUACACAAUUGUCACAUACUAUACAAGGGUAUUUUAAUGUAUAAAAUGCGACAGGAAUUAGAUUGGCCUGAUUGCCAAAACAAACAUAUUCAAAUAAUGAUUUAUUAUUCGAACAUUAAACGAAUAUAAUAACAUUUCGAAUUAACAUUUAAAGAUUAAUUAAUAACUGAUAUGUUUGUGUGUUAGGCCAUUCUGAUUAUUUUUAUAAUUUCAGUAAUUCUCUAGAUCUAUGUGCCGUCUGUUGGUAGUCCCUGUCGCCAGUUUGUGAAUGAGAUUACCAUCAGACAAGAACUGUGUUAAGGCACACGGACUUUUGAAUGUGUGACUCUAAAGUAAUAAAUGUUUCAUCUAUUUUUGUAUCCACCCUUGGUGUAAUAAACGCAUGCGCAGAAAUGAAA